AUGGAAGAAGCGCCAAAGAUUAUUCAACAAUUAUGUGGAAAAAAGUUAAUAUUUCGAUUCAAGCUCAAUGAUAGUAAUCUCACAUUUGGCACACAAAACUAUGCAGUAAAGAGAACAUUUGUGCCUGAUGAUAGGCUUGAGAUGCUCUACUUGAACGAUAAAGCCGAGGAGGAAUUGAUGGAUGAUGAUGUAGACACUAUGUUAAUGAAGAAGCAGAACAUGCCAGAUAAAAAGGAUGAAUGCACUGAGACGAAUUUGCCAGAACAAAAGAAAAAAGGCGUCCGCGAGAACAAGAAACAAGUUAAAGGCAAAGCCAGAAAUACAAUGCCUGAAGAUGAAGAUGAAGUACGGAAAGCAAGGCCGAGAAGAACAAGGAUGCUGUCUAGAUAA